GUCCAUCGCCUAAGGUCAGUGGAUAACUUGUUUGUUGUUGUUCAGGAGUUCAAAGACUAUCAAUUUAAAGAAACCAAGGAAGAUGCUCUAAAGGAUUUGGAAGAUUUGGUUAAAAAGCUGCCCUGGACCGAUCCAUUGAAAGUUUGGGAGCUGAACAAUAGCUUAAAAAAGAAAAAGACAAAACGCAAAAAACACAAUCUGCAGAGUACUGCGGGCAAAGAGAAGCUGAAUAAUGAUGGAGAAGAGAAAGGAGCAGAUCACAAAGAUGCCAGGAAAGAGGAGGACUCUGCCCAAGACACUGCAGGUGUAGAGCCCGCUGAUGGUCAGGAUACAGAAAAGAUGCCAGAAGUGGCAUCCCAAAACGAGGAGGAGGAGGAGGAUAACAACGAACAAUCAGGUGCUAAAGAUGAAUUGCAGGAGGGUGCUGGGACUGAGACCAAGGCUCCUGAGGGCAAGACAAGCGACGGGGAGGCGAAGGUGUUGAAGUUCCGUGUGACAUGCAAUAGAGCAGGAGACAAGCACAGUUUCACCUCAAAUGAGGCUGCCAGAGAUUUUGGUGGAGCCGUGCAGGAGCACUUCCAGUGGAAAGCUGACAUGACUAACUUUGAUGUGGAGGUUCUUCUGAAUAUUCACAAUAAUGAAGUAGUUGUGGGUAUUGCAUUAACGGAAGAGAGUCUUCACAGACGGAAUAUUACACAUUUUGGACCCACAACUCUGCGUUCAACUCUCGCUUACGGCAUGCUUAGGCUCUGUGAUCCACAGCCGACGGAUAUCAUAGUUGAUCCCAUGUGUGGUACAGGUGCAAUACCAAUAGAGGGAGCUACAGAAUGGCCUAGCUGCUACCACAUCGCUGGUGAUAACAACCCCCAAGCUGUAAAGAGAGCGGCAAACAACAUCUGUUCUUUACUGAAGAAAAAUGAGAACAAGGAAAGCAGUGCUUCCCCGGGCAUACCUUUAGACAUCAUUCAGUGGGAUAUUUGCAAUCUCCCUUUGCGGACUGGAUCCGUGGACAUCAUUGUGUCAGACAUGCCGUUUGGAAAGAGAAUCGGGUCCAAGAAGAAGAACUGGGAUCUGUAUCCAGCCUGCCUGAUGGAGAUGGGCCGGAUCUGCACACCAGGGACAGGCAGGGCUGUGCUGCUCACACAGGACAAGAAAUGCUUUGCCAAGGCCUUGUCACGCCUGGGCCACAUCUGGCGCAGAGCUCAGACUGUGUGGGUGAACGUCGGGGGACUUCACGCUGCAGUGUACCUCCUGAGGCGCACCUGGGAAAGAGCAGAAGAAAAAAGAUCCUUCUGGUAA